AGUCGUUCUUGAACACCGACUUCGACGUUCUCAUCGCCCUCCAACACUUGAAAGACAAAACGCGAAUACCCUCCAUUCGACGAUACGACAAUCCGAACGCAAAAACGAAAAGAUUCUAAUCGCAAAGCGGCAAUGGAGGAUCAGACAAAUUUGAAUGAUGGACGAAACAAUCUGAAGUGCACGUCUUCUGUACACGACGUGACAAAAGAAAAGCCCCCCUUUGGCUCCAGGUUCUUGACAGACGAGGCCGAGGUCUGGACUCAGAAUGCCUGGGAUCAUGUUCCCCCUCCCGACGACCAGGAUGAAAUCAUUGCCGCUUCGCUAACGAAGCAACGUUCUGCUCCAGUCCCUGAAGAUGAGAAGUGCAAGUAUAAUGACAAGCCAGCAAAGUUCUGGGAUAAUUUUUACAAGGCCAAUUCGAGCAACUUCUUCCGUGAUAGAAAAUGGCUACAUAAUGAAUUUCCAGAACUAGUGGAGGCUACUCAGGCCAAGGCUGGUACUAAGACUAUCGUCGAAAUCGGAUGUGGUGCUGGAAACUCUGUGUUCCCCCUCCUAGCCUCGAACCAAAACCCCGACCUCUCGCUUUUUGCCUUCGACUACGCCCAUCACGCUGUCAAACUUGUACAGUCAAAUCCUCUAUAUGAAUCCCCUCCCGUGGGCUCCAUCCGCGCAGCACCUUGGGAUCUAUCCUCUGACAAACUUCCCGAAGAAAUAGAGCCCGGGAGCAUUGACAUCGCAAUCAUGGUCUUUGUUCUCAGCGCUCUACAUCCGGAUGAAUGGCAUAAUGCUCUGAGAAACGUACAUACGAUGCUCAAACCCGGUGGCCUUGUCAUGUUCCGCGAUUAUGGCCGCCACGACUUGACUCAACUACGAUUCAAAGGCGGCCGUUUACUCGAUGACAACUUUUAUAUUCGAGGUGAUAAAACUCGCGUGUACUUCUUCGAACUAGACGAAUUAUCCUUUUUGUUCACUGGCUCCAGGAUACCGGAAAGCGAGUAUACAGUCAACACCACCGUUGAGGAUGAAGAUGGACCCUCCAUGCUCGAAAGAGAUGUGGAUGCUCCAGCCGAUCUCGAAAUACCUACAACGGCGGAUACACCUCAAGACACACAGGCAACGUCAAUACACCCUAACUUGCUAACACCUCGCCUCUCGCCUCCCCUUUUCGCUACAGAGCAGCUCGGGGUCGAUAGGCGGCUGAUUGUCAACCGAAAGCGUCAGAUCAAGAUGUACCGCGUCUGGAUGCAGGGCAAGUUUCGCAAACUUUAG